AUGUCGCACCUCUCCAAUCCGCUCGCAACAACUUCCCAGCUCUACGCGCAAUCGGCCUCUAAUCCCUCCGCGCUCCCCCUCGAGAUCCAGGACAGCAUCCGCUUCUACACUGCGCGCCUCACACAAGCAGCCGGUAUCCUCCUCCGCAUGCCGCAAGACAUAACUGCGCAGGCCAACGUUCUAUUGUUCCGCUACUGGGCUGUCGAUAGGUUGAUGGAGUGGGAGUUCAGUGACGUCUCAGCAGCAACCCUCUACUUGACGGCCAAAAUCUCCGCCUCACCUCGCUCCUUGCGCAGCAUAACCAACGUCUACGCCUUCUUACUCUCGCCCUCUUCACCCCUCUCCUCUUCACCAACGUCAGCACCGCCCAAGGACGAUCCUGCCUCCUACUACCUCUCCGAAUCCGCCUACAUCACCUACCGCACCCGCCUCCUGCUCAUCGAAGGCCAGAUCCUCAAUGCGAUCGGCUUCACAACACACGUCGCGCUGCCGCACUCUCUCGCCAUCACCUACCUCCAAACCCUCGACAUUUUCACCUCCCCUAAAACUGGGUCACGAGUAGCGAAGAGGGCGAUCGCGUGGCUGAAUACAGCACUGCUAAGCCCACAGAUGCUGUAUCUCACGCAUCAACCCUGUGCGUUGGCGACGGCGGCUGUUUACCUGGCCUGUAGGGAGGAGGGGGUCAGGCUGCCGGAGGUGGAGUGGUGGGAGGUGUUUGAUUGCGAGAGGGAGGAGUUGGGGUUCUUGGUUGUGGGGAUGGGGAGUUUGGAGAGGGUGGCCAGGAGGGAGAUUGAAAGGUGGGGGCUGGGAAAGGGGAUGAUCACUAGGGAGGACGUUGAGGCCUCGGUUGGUGUGAAGGCUGAAGAAGAGGAUGAGGAGACAAUGAUGGCGAGGAUGUUGGAUGAGAAGGUUAAGGAGGAGGUUUGA